AUGUCUCCAAACACCAAAGAUUUUUAUCUUGCUCGAACCAUGCAAGAUGCAAUUCACAUGUUUGUCACUAGUUUCGGAAAGGAGCAAAACGAAGACACGAUUCACAAAUUUGAACCAGAACUCUCUCCGAAUACGAAUAUGGUUCAACAAGUUUCUCGUGAGUGUAUCCUCUCAUUUGGUUCCACUCUUAAUUCCUCCGAUCGGAGAAGUACUCUUCAAGAGGAUGAUGAGCAAUUGUUUUGGAAAGAAUUCACAAUUGUGAGUCACAAGACAAUGAAUUCACAUCAAAUGUGGAAAAAUUUAAUUAUGAUUUCCUUGUUUUUAAAUGAUGAUGAGGAUGGUGAGAAGGAACAAGAAGAAUUAUUGAAGAAGGCUCUUUCAAUAAUUCAAGAAAAAUCUAUUCCUUUUAUGGGCAAUUUUAAAUUUUCUUUUUUAAUUCCCAUUCCUGAAAACAAUUCAUUGUACACAAAAUUGAAAGAGAAAAUUAAUGAAAUCAACAAGACACAACCUCGACAUGUUGAAGUGACAACGGCCAUGUAUGUCACCAAGGACAUGUAUUGCCACUCAUUGUUAGGCUCAAGUCGUGAAAUUUCAAUUCCUUCCAUUGUUUCACAUGUCGAAUUUUUGGACAAGUCUUCCAAAAGCUAUUUGAACAAUGUCAAGCUGUACAGUGAAACUCACAAAAUUGCGUACGGCGAUGAACCCAAUAUGAAAGAUGUUAAAUUUUAUCAGACUGCGAAAUUCGUCAUUCCUUCACGUAACCAAAAUGGUGAAGAAAAUGAAAAAUUUGUGGAACGAUUUAUUGUCCAUGCGAAGAGUGAAAUUUCUUCAUGUAAUGCUCCAGUUUCGUGUUGUGCCAUGUUUUAUGGUAGAAAGGCGAAAAGUGCCUUCUUGCAUGAUGUGACUGUUCGUCCUCAAUUUCGACAACAAGGAUUAGCACAAUACAUGACAAAAAUUAUGAUGGAAAGAGCGUUUUUCGAGUAUGAGAUGAAUUGUGUGACUUUGACAGCUGUUGGAUCAGCGAAAGAAAUUUAUCAUCGAAAAUUUGGAUUUGAAGAAUGUGGACAUGUGGAAUAUAUUAACAGAGCUUUCAAUGAAUAA